AAAAAAAAAACCUUUACUGGUUAAUGGAAUAUACUCUUGCCGUUCCGGUUCUCGAAUAAAAGGGCUAAAACGAAGCUACCUCGGGCCUGUCUGCUGUAGGCUUGCAGCUCAUCUCUCAAUUGCGCUAAUCUUUAAUUUCAGAAUUUAGAUCAAGAAAUCCAGCAGACUAACAAUCUGUAAUUCAUUCAUAUGCAACGCCAUCUUCGCCAUGUCAAUACCGAGGGAGCCAGAGCAUGUGAUGAAGUUGCGAGAAGGAUCCGUGCUUGGGAAGAAGACUAUCUUGAAGAGCGACCAUUUUCCUGGCUGCCAGAACAAACGUCUUUCUCCUCACAUUGAAGGUGCUCCCAAUUAUCGCCAGGCAGAUUCCUUACAAGUUCACGGGGUUGCUAUUCCUACCAUAGAUGGAAUCCGAAAUGUUCUUAAACACAUCGGAGCCCAACCUGACAAAAAGAGAACUCAUGUGUUGUGGAUAAAUCUCCGUGAAGAGCCAGUGGUGUACAUCAAUGGACGUCCCUUUGUUUUGCGUGAUGUUGAAAGGCCUUUCUCGAAUCUUGAGUAUACGGGAAUUAACAGGGAUAGGGUGGAAGAUAUGGAAUCUCGAUUGAAGGAAGACAUCUUGCUGGAAGCUGCAAGGUACGGAAACAAGAUCCUUGUUACUGAUGAACUGCCGGAUGGACAAAUGGUGGACCAGUGGGAGCCAGUGACCUGUGAUUCUGUGAAGACUCCACUUGAGGUAUAUGAGGAGCUGAAAAUUGAGGGUUAUCUUGUUAACUAUGAACGAGUUCCUGUUACUGAUGAGAAGUCGCCUAAAGAAUCAGAUUUUGAUGUUCUGGUUAAUAAAAUAUCUCAAGUUGACCUUAGUACCGAGGUAAUAUUUAAUUGUCAAAUGGGACGUGGGCGAACUACAACAGGGAUGGUGAUUGCUACCUUAAUUUACUUUAACCGAAUUGGAGCCUCCGCAGGCAUUCCUAGGAGCAACUCAAUUGGAAGAGUCUCUGAUCUGAGCUGUAAUGCUGACAAUUUGCUUAGUUCGGAGGAGGCAAUCCGCAGGGGAGAGUACACUGUCAUUAGAAGUCUGAUUCGUGUUUUAGAGGGUGGUGUCGAAGGAAAAAGGCAGGUGGAUAAAGUGAUUGAUAAGUGUGCUUCUAUGCAGAAUUUACGAGAAGCUAUUGCUACAUACCGUAGCAGUAUUUUACACCAACCAGAUGAGAUGAAGCGAGAGGCUUCACUAUCUUUUUUUGUGGAGUACCUGGAGAGAUAUUAUUUUCUGAUUUGUUUUGCUGUAUAUCUUCACACCGAGGGAGCAGCUUUGACUCCCUGUUCAUCAGUUCUGUGUAGUUUUGCUGAUUGGAUGAGAGCACGACCGGAACUCUAUAGCAUACUGCGUAGGCUAUUAAGGAGAGAUCCAAUGGGCGCGCUAGGCUACCGCAAUGCAGAGAAAUCACUUACUAAGACAGCUGAAUCUACAAAUGGACGUCCUUAUGAAAUGAGUGUUGUUACUGCACUGAGGAAUGGAGCCGUGUUGGGCAGUCAAACUGUCUUGAAGAGUGAUCAUUGCCCUGGUUGUCAAAAUUUGAGCUUGCCAGAGAGGAUAGAAGGUGCCCCAAAUUUCAGAGAGGUUAUGGGAUUUUCAGUUUAUGGCGUGGCUAAUCCAACAAUUGAUGGCAUUCGGUCGGUUAUUCAGCGCAUUGCUAGUCUGAGAGCUGCCCGUCCAGUAUGUUGGCACAACAUGAGAGAGGAACCUGUAAUUUACAUUAAUGGAAAGCCAUUUGUGCUUCGUGAAGUUGAAAGACCUUAUAAGAACAUGAUGGAGUACACUGGAAUUGAUUGUGAGAGAGUAGAAAGAAUGGAAGCUCGACUAAAGGAAGAUAUUCUGCGUGAAUCUGAGCGCUUCGGAGGAGCUAUUAUGGUUAUCCAUGAAACAGAUGAUGGUCAAAUAUUUGAUGCCUGGGAACAUGUCAAUUGUGACUCAAUUCAGACACCACAUGAAGUUUUCAGCUGCCUAGAAGCUGAAGGGUAUCCAAUUAUGUAUGCACGUGUACCUAUAACUGAUGGAAAGGCUCCAAAAAGUUCUGAUUUUGAUACACUAGCAAAAAAUGUUGCCUCAGCUUCAAAGGACACUGCUUUUGUUUUUAAUUGUCAGAUGGGCAGGGGAAGGACAACAACUGGUACUGUUAUAGCCUGCCUUCUCAAACUAAGAAUAGAGUAUGGUAAACCUAUAAGAAUUCUCCGUGAGGAGUAUAUUGGGGAAGUGGAUGAUUAUUCUUCGUGUGGUGAAGAAACUAUGGAUGAUUUAGCUGCAUCUAGCUCAAGUAUCAUUGAUCAUGGUACAGCUAGAAAGCCACCUCGGACUUUUGGCAUUAAUGAUAUUUUGUUACUGUGGAAGAUAACAAGAUUAUUUGAUAACGGAGUUGAAUGUCGGGAGGCAUUAGAUGCUGUUAUUGAUAGAUGUUCGGCUUUGCAGAAUAUACGUGAUGCUGUCCUACGAUACCGGGAAUUAUUUAAUCAACAGCGUGUUGAGCCCCGGGUGAGAAGGGUUGCCUUAAAUCGUGGCGCUGAGUACCUGGAGCGCUACUUCCGUUUGAUUGCUUUUUCUGCAUAUCUUGGAAGUGAAGCGUUUGAUGGGUUUUGUGGCCAAGGAGAAUCCAAGACAACUUUUAAGAGUUGGUUACAAAAAAGACCUGAAGUCCAAGCGAUGAAAUGGAGCAUAAGAUUGAGGCCAGGGCGAUUCUUUACUGUUCCAGAAGAUCUGCGAUCUCCCUAUGAAACUCAGCAUGGAGAUGCAGUAAUGGAAGCGGUUAUUAAGGCUCGAAAUGGCUCUGUUCUAGGGAGGGGUUCUAUACUUAAAAUGUACUUCUUUCCUGGUCAGAGAACAUCUAGUAACAUACAAAUACAUGGGGCACCUCACGUUUACAAGGUGGAUGGAUACCCUGUCUAUAGCAUGGCCACUCCGACUAUCACUGGUGCGAAAGAGAUGUUAUCUUUCUUGGCUGCUAAUGGAUCUGUAGAUGGCAGAAAUAAGUUAGUAAUAACUGAUUUGAGAGAGGAAGCUGUGGUUUACAUUAAUGGGUCACCUUUUGUUCUCCGUGAACUGAACAAAGCAGUUGAUACUCUGAAACAUGUGGGGAUUACUGGUCCAGUGGUGGAACAUAUGGAGGCACGUCUAAAAGAAGAUAUAAUAUCAGAGGUUGCUCGGACUGGUGGACGAAUGCUUUUGCAUCGAGAAGAAUACAGUCCAACACUAAAUCAGUCUAGUAUUGUUGGAUACUGGGAGAAUAUUUUCACAGAAGAUGUCAAGACUCCCGCUGAAGUUUAUGCUGCUCUGAGGGAUGAAGGCUAUGAUAUAGCCUACAGGAGAAUACCUUUAACAAGAGAGAGAGAAGCUUUGUCAUCUGAUGUUGAUGCAAUACUGUGCUGUAAAGAUGAGUCUGCUGGAUCCUAUUUAUUUGUGUCACAUACAGGAUUUGGAGGAGUGGCUUAUGCAAUGGCAAUCAUAUGUGUAAGACUACAAGCUGAGGGAAAUGUGCACCAUAAUGUGCCCUCAUUCGAUGUCACACUGCCUCCGCAAUCUGUACCCGAUGUCCUAUCAUGUUGGGCUUCUGAUGAAGCAGCACUCAAACUGGGUGAUUAUCGGGAUAUUCUCAGCCUAACAAGAGUUCUCGCUCAAGGGCCAAGGAGCAAGGCAGAUGUCGACAAUAUCAUAGAAAGAUGUGCCGGGGCAGGACAUAUACGUGAUGAUAUUGUUUACUACACUAAGGAACUGAAGCAAGUCUGUGAUGGCAAUGAGGAGCAUCAGGCAUACCUAAUUGACAUGGGUGUAAAGGCAUUAAGGAGGUAUUUUUUUCUGAUAACAUUCAGGUCGUACCUUUAUUGUGUUAAUGGAGCUGAGACUACAUUCUCGAGUUGGAUGGAUUCUCGACCUGAACUGGGCUAUCUAUGUGAUCACCUUAGAAUUGAUAAAUAAUUUCAAAACAAUAACAAUAUUCUUUUAUAUAAAGUUAUUUCCUCCAUGUGAAUAGAUUGUACAAAGUUAUUUUGUCAUGUAUUUCUUGCAUUUAUUUGCCGGAAAAAUUUACAUUGGUCUUGUUGACAAGGUUACGAUCCAAUCUAAUAAAAAUGUAAUGUUCUUUUUUCGGAUGUCA